AUGGUAGCCGAGCGGCUCGGAAACGUAUAUGAAGCUGCACUGGCAGAGCUCCGUGUGAAGGGCUCUCUCGGCCGUGUCAGCAGCACAGUUGUUCGGGCUGACUUGUUGACUCCAGAUCUUUUCAAAGCGAUCCGUGACCACCUUGUCGCCAAAGACGUGGCGUGGGCUACUCUCCGAGAGAACACGCACGAAAGCAACGUUGCCUACGGCAUCGACAAGUACGAUGAGGCCCGGAAGGCGUACCUCGCCUAUCCCACGCAGAUCGGCAGCCUGGGUGAUGACGGCCCUACCUUCACUCGGCUCUGGUACCUCAUCGACUGGUGGCUUGAACUGACGACCGACGGAAACCCGGUCCUCGAUGUCGACAACGGCACUUUGAUUCACGUUGCUGUUCUCGACGCAGCUCCUAUGACGACACCGGUAUCGAUGUUCGUCGACGGUGCUGGUUUCCAAGAUCAGCAAAACAUCAACGUCGUUAACGACUCAGAGGUCUUUGACUUGACGCAACUCUACGAGUCGCUCCAAGCCGACACUUGGGACACCUUUGCGCGAGAAAAUUCCCUUGCUGAUCUUGACCCAAAUUCUGUCCCAACGACAGUCUCGAUGCUCUCCAGCGGUGCUAGUGCUCGAGACCAGCAAGGCAUCAAAGUCGCCAACGAGUCCAACGCUUUUGAUUUCGCCUCGAUUUACGAAUCGCUCCAUACUGACGCCUAG